AUGGCACCCCCAGAGCGAAACGAGUUCCUCGAUGCGUCUGACAGCGAGGGCGACCAUGUCGACGACUACAACUCGGACGAUGACAUGGCCAAGGGCGGCCACAGAGCCAGCAAACGGCGCAAAGUCGACAGCCGCCGACGUGGCGACGAGGCUAGCGACGCAGAGAGUGAUAAUUCCAGUGACCACGAAAAGGACGACGAAAAGGCUCCUGAAGGAAGCGGCAGAGAAGACGAUAAAGAAGAGGCGCCAAAAGACAACGGCACGGCCAAGGCGAAGCAAUCCAAACCAAAGCUGGAAACCGAGCUUCCAGACAUCACCAGGCCCUUGACCAAAAAGAACCUCGUCGCCUCUGAAAAGGCGAUUAAAAAGUCUGGAGUCGUAUUCCUCUCCAGGAUACCGCCGUUUAUGAAACCCGCCAAGCUGCGCUCCCUCCUCGAGCCGUACGGGACCAUCAACCGCAUAUUCCUCGCCCCCGAGGAUCCCGUCGCGCACACCCGCCGGGUGCGGGCCGGCGGAAACAAGAAGCGCCUCUACACAGAGGGAUGGGUCGAGUUUGUCAGGAAAAGGGACGCCAAGGCCGUCUGCGAGCUGCUCAACGCGCACAUCAUUGGCGGCAAAAAAGGCAACUACUACCACGACGACAUCUGGAACCUCUUGUACCUCAAGGGCUUCAAGUGGCACCACCUGACGGAGCAGAUUGCCUCAGAGAAUGCCGAGAGGACAAGUCGCAUGAGGGCCGAGAUUAGCAAGGCCACCAAGGAAAACAAGGAGUUUGUGAGGAACGUGGAGCGGGCCAAGAUGCUCGACGGCAUGCAAGCCAAGGCCAAGAAGAGGAAGGCCGACGACGACAAGGCCGUCGCGCCGGCAGAGCGGGCCCGGACCUUUAAGCAGGUGCCGCAGAUUAGGAAGAUGACGGAUGCUGAGGAGCAGCCCGAGCAGGUCACCCGAGUGCUGAGCAGGAUUUUCUAG